AUGGGGCUUGACAUUCAGUUAUUCCGGGAUGAGAAGGGAGCGGAUAUCAUCCGUGAAUCACAGCGUCGUCGCUUUGCAGAUCCCGGUGUUGUCGACACUGUACUUGAGGUAGAUAAGAAGUGGCGACGGACACUUUUUUUAACAGAAGCCAGCAACAAACUUAUUAACGCCUGCAGCAAAGCUGUUGGAGCGAAGAAGAAGGCAAAGGAGGGAGAUGGUGAUACAUCUGAAAUUCCUGAGUCUAUCAAGGAAGCUUGUACAGAAGGGACUCUCACUGUCGAUCAGGUAAAAGAUCUCUGUGUACUGCAACUAAAGCAACUCUCUAAAGAUUUAUCUGAACAGGUGGCAAGGCUCGCAAAGGAGACAGUUGCCCUUGAAACUGAACGUGACAGUCUUGUAUUAAGUGUUGGAAAUAUCAUUCACGAGUCCGUUCCAAUAGCACAGGAUGAAGAUACGGGUAACACAGUUGUGCGUACUUUUGGUGAUGUUACAAAACGAGCGAAACUCAACCAUGUUGCUAUUAUGGAACGUCUUGGUAUGAUGGAUACAACUAAAAAUGUUACUUCCAUGGCCGGUGGACGAUCCUAUGUACUGAAGGGAGGACUUGUUCAGUUACAGGUAGCCCUUUUGUCGUAUGGAUUGAACUUUCUCGUUAACAAAGGCUACACCCCAUUUUACCCACCCUUCUUUUUAAAUAAAGAUGCCAUGGCAGGAGUAGCACAGUUAUCACAGUUUGAUGAGGAACUCUACAAAGUAACGGGUGAUGGUGAUGAGAAGUAUCUUAUCGCUACAAGCGAAAUGCCUAUAGCGGCUUACCACCGUGGUCGGUGGUUUACAGAACUGAAGGAGCCAUUGAAGUACGCUGGUAUGUCAAGUUGUUUCCGCAAAGAAGCCGGCGCUCACGGUCGUGAUACACUUGGGAUUUUCCGUGUUCAUCAAUUUGAUAAAAUUGAACAAUUUUUCGUUUGUUCUCCCCGUGAAGAAGAGUCAUGGCGUCACCUGGAAGAGAUGAUCCGCACCUCUGAGGAGUUCUGUGAGAGUCUCGGACUCCCAUACCGCACCAUCAACAUCUGCUCCGGUGCUCUUAACAACGCUGCAGCGAAGAAGUACGAUCUGGAAGCGUGGUUCCCCGCCUCUGGGGCAUUCCGCGAGUUGGUCUCAUGCUCCAACUGCACAGACUAUCAGGCGCGUGGGGUGAACUGCCGCUACGGCGCUAAUCUCCGCGGUGUUGCCGCUAAUAAUGUGAAGGAGUACUGCCAUAUGCUGAAUGGAACACUCUGCGCUAUUACCCGCACAAUGUGCUGCAUCUGUGAAAACUACCAGACAGAGGAGGGUGUUAUUAUCCCAGAUGUACUCCGGCCGUACAUGAUGGGCACGGAGAUGCUCAAGUUUGUUGAAAACCCUGAACCAACGGCAGAAUCGGCGUAG